AAAGGUAAACGUAGUCUUUACUGUGGAGCUAGGACCGUGUUUUUUUAAAUAUAAAAACAUUUUAUUUAUUUGUAUUUUUGACACCAACAUGGGGACGAUGCCGUAAGAUCCAAGUCAAGAGAUCAUGGGAAUUUUAGGACAGCACAGAGGAAAAAUAUUUAAUCUUCAGGAGUAAUGCUGAAGUACUACGAGAGGAAAAAAAUUGCAGCAAACUGAUCAGUGUUCUUCAGCACUGAAACUGGACAGUUUCUAACCGAGAACGAAGACAGCAUUCAAGUGCCUAUAGGGCAGCAGUACAAUGAACUCUGUACUGCCACAGUCCUCUCAACAGGACGAGCUUUACAACAUCCUAUUCAGAAGACAACAACUCCAAAACCGACUCCAGUUUCUAAAGGAGAUCCAGAAGAAGAACAACAGAAUAGAUGGUUCCCUUGCAAGCGAAGAGGGCCCGUCAGAGGUGGAAAGAAUAGAGGAGGAGUUGAAGAACCUGGAGGAGAAAGAAAAGGAGCUUCUUAAAAAUAAAAAGACCCAGGCAGUGCCUGCCAAUGUGCCCACCAAAACAGUACAACCCACAGAGCCUGGCAAUGAUGGGGAAACAGAUGGAAAAGCUUCAAUGCAAGCAUUCUAUGUUCUCCCCUUUUCUCCCACUGAAACAAUUUCUACCUAUAUUCUUGUGGAAGACGAAGAACCAGAGCCCGUAACAGAGCAACCUAAACCUCCAGAACCUGUCAAAGAACAGCCAAAAAAUUUAAAGUCAGAGACCCCAGAGAAGACCAUAGACAUUGAUGAUCUGGGCACGGGCCCUGCAACAGUGAAGUGCCCCUCCUGCCAAAAAAUUGGCAUCACUGAGAUUCACUACAAAUUGGGCAGCAGUGCUUUCCUGUUUUGCUGUCUCAUAUCUGUGAUUGGGUGUGUAGCUGGGUGCUGCCUGGUCCCAUUUUGUAUGAAACGCUUUAGAGAUGUUUCUCACAGGUGCUCAUCCUGUCACAAAAAAAUCUGUAAUGUAGAUAGAUUUUGAGGCACAGACGGUGUCAUUUGGUUCCUGGUCUGUGACAGUAUGACUGAAGGUCCCCCAGAAAAGACUGGAACUGGAUUUUUAUCCAAAAUCUUUGGACGGGACUGUUCGGGAAAAACAAAAGGAACUGUACUCAGGUUCAGCAACUGACUAUUUAACCAUAUUUCUAUGGUACAGAUCCUUACAUGCAGGGCCCAACGCUCGCAAAGCAAAAUUUAAUUUCAAAGUUAAAAGUGGUGAGUAAAAAGGACUUGAAUGGAAACUUUAUAAAGAACUUCAAUAGUUUAAAUUGAGGUUUAAAGCUUGUUCUAUUGAAUUUGCGAAGUGGCCUUCCAAAAAUGCUGAUAUUCAGUAUGUCAGCACUAGGAUCCUUCACUGUUUGCAUCUCUCUGAGCAAAUGACUGAUACGACACUUUAAGGCUAACAUUCGACGCAUCACUAUAUUUUAUUAAUAUGAUCUGAUGUAUUUUUGUGAUAUGAAAGAAAUAUAUGUAUGCGUAUAUAUAGAAGUUAUAUGUACACUGUAAAACUUUGCUGUAGUUUUGUGGCAGGUUUGCCAGUAACAUACUGUAGAUUUUAUUUACAAUUUUGUUUUAAACAUAAACUUACCUAGUUCUUAUAUUUUCAUUCAUUAAACAAGACUAAAUAUUUUAGGUCCAUUUUCUUGUUAUAACGUAUCAUAAUUUAAUACGUUUGAACUAUUUUUACUAGAAAACAAAACUGCUUAGGAAGAAUGUCGUUUUUUGCAGUGUUGCUGUGCAGUGCCAGUGAUGAGACCAGUCUCUUUAUAGCUCAUUUUGAAUCUCAAAUGUCAAAGUGUUUUAUUUUGAUUAAAGAUGAACUCAAAUUGAAAACACUAAUAGGAAAGUAUUAAGUAGUAAUUCAAUCUACAGUAAGUUGCUGGCAAACCUGCUGCGAAACUACAGCAAAGAUGUACACAGUGUAUAAUGUUAACCAGAGAUAAUAUUUUACUUACCAAAAACGUGAAAAAAAAUCUUUCUAGAAUCCAUAGAAAAUUUUAAGGGAAUUCAUGGUAAAUACAAACUGGAAAAAACAACCGUCUACACACCCUAUAGGACUUUUAAUCAUUAUUUUAUAUACUCUACCAUAAAUCUUGAAAGUCAUCAAGAGCCCAGGUACCAUUUGCACAGAUACAUCAUUUUUGUAAAGUUUAAAGUGUAAAGUUUACUCUCUUACUGUAUGUACAAAGGUCUCUUAAGACACAAAUAAAGUAAUAACAGACACGUUUUGCAUGUCAUUCCUCUGGUAUAUUUAAGAGAUUUUAAACAUCCUCUACGACAGCAUUUGCACAAUACAUCUCAUUGACACAUGAUGGCAUAUAUAUAUAUACCUGUAUCUUUAAAACUAUUCACAAAUUAGAGCUCAUGGAGGCGUCGAACAUGUAUAAAAAUAUGUAUUACAUCCAUUCAAAUAUAUACACAAUGUGCAAAACAAAUGGCAUACAAAUGAUGAUUGAGCUCCCGCUUUGUGGGAGUAAAUAUUGCCCAGUGUCAUCACCACUGAUAGAUAAUAUACAUUAAUAUCCUUAAAAAGGGCAUGACAGUUAUAUAGAUGAGUCCAGCAGACAUUGUUGAAGGAAGGGCUAGAUACAGUAGAACUUGCGCUUAAGCUUGACAGCAGCUGAGCGUUGACAUUUUGCAGAAGUUUGCAGUUCUCAGCUAAAACAAACAUCCAUGCAAAUAAGUGAUGUAAGACCAAGUUGAUGUUUUGAUAUCUGAUCAACUGCAUAUACCAUGUACAAUACAGCACUGUGUAUAAAACACAAGUUUGUUGACUUAUUGCUUUGCUCUCCAACAGUCCUUUUUAUAUCGAUAACAGUGCUAUUAUAUCGACACAAUUCCUCUUUUUGUCUCACCAGAAGAAAGAAGUUCUCACAAAAUUCAACAGACUCUUAACCACCCAAAAUUACAGCAUAGUACAAUAUUUGGCCUCUUUGGUAACUGUUUAGUUUGAAUGCCAUUAAAGCCCUAAAACACAAGAAGCAUCAAUUGUUGAAAACUAGUAGGGCCGGUGUUCAAUAUUUUUCACUUAUCUGAGAUUUCAUAGACAUUUCAUAGGUGUACAUGAUAUAUUACACCAGGCUCCAAACGGACAUGUGUGUUUUAACUAGAUCUGUCCUUAACGCUACAGUACACAUGGCAUUUUUUCUUUUCUGGAGAGGCCACAAUUUGGGCAAUAUGCAGAACAAACAGUACCAAGCCUUAAAAACACAGCCGAUGAAUUCUCAGGCCUCUGAGCUAAUGACGACAGACAGACGACAGAAGCAAAACCGCUGAUAAAAGUUUUUAUAAAAGCUCAUCUGUAAAGGUGCUCUGCUGCCGUGCGAUUGAUCCAUGAUGAACCGUUCAUCACUGCGGCAUGAAAGUGCUGUACAAACAAAAUAUAAAUCGACACAAUCGGAUCAAUUUCCCUUUGGAUCGAACAUAACUUGCACAUAUGGAUGUGAGUGGCAGUGAACAUGUAUUGCCUUGCUUAAAGGGAUAGUUCAACAAAAAAUGAAAAUUCUGUCAUCAUGUACUCAUCCUCAGAUUAUUCCAAAUUUGUAAAAAUGUAUUCGUUCUGCUAAACCCAAAGAAAGAUGUUUGGUCAGUAACCAAACAGAUGUUUGGGGGUCCAUGGGGGAUGACAUCUGUUUGGUUACUGACAUUCUUCCAAUUAUCUUCCUUUGUGUUCAGCAGAACGAAGAAAUUUAGACAGGUUUGGAACAACCUGAGGGUGCGUAAAUUAUGACAGCAUUUUUUCGGGGGUAAACUAUCCCUUUAAAGCAGGGGUGUCCAAUGUCGGUCCUGGAGGGCCACUGUCCUAAAGAGUUUAGCUCCAACUUGGCUCAACACACCUGUUUGGAAGUUUCUAGUCUGCUUUGUGAGACCUUGAUUAGCUGUUCAGGUGCGUUUGAUUAGGGUUGAAGCUAAACUUUGCAGGACACCGGCCCUCCAGGACUGACUUUGGACACCCCUGCUUUAAAGGAACGUGAAUGUUAAAAAUACAUCCAGAGCAGGAAAUAAAACGGUACAAUUUUCCAUGAGGUGGCUAAAGAUAGCACAUGAAAAAUAAGUACAGAUGUAAUUCUGAAAACAACAAACAGAAAAACCUAUGACAAAAGGAUGUGCUUCUCUGAAAGAUAUUACAUCGAGUCGAUUAUUCACAUGCUGCAAAGAUAUUUCAUUUAUACAGAUAUUUCAUUUAUACAGAUAUUUCAUUUGGAACGUCUGUAGGCAUUUUUCUUUUGGGACUCUUUCCAGAACAAAAAAAAAACAGACCACACAUACACACAUACAUAAACAAACAAA